AUGGAUCAAACUGUCGUCAACGGUUCGGUCGCAGUGGCCGUCGACAACGGCACGACAGGCGGCGCUUCGGGAUCCGGCACCAACUGGACCACAGCGGUGGUGGCACACGCAGACCUGACGCCGGUGCUGUCUCCAUUCGAGUCCUGGCAAAAGGUCAUCAUCGUGCUGGUCAUCGGCGUGUGCAUGGUGCUGACCAUCACCGGCAACAUACUGGUGCUGGUGUCGUUUAUCGUGGACCGGACCAUUCGGCAGCCGAGCAACUACUUCAUCGCGUCGCUGGCCGCCACGGACAUGUUGAUCGGUACUGUGUCGAUGCCGUUCUACUGCGUGUACAUACUACAGGGGUACUGGGACCUGGGACCGUUGCUGUGUGACCUGUGGCUGUCCGUCGAUUACACGGUGUGCCUGGUGUCGCAGUACACGGUGCUCCUAAUCACGGUCGACCGGUUCUGUUCUGUGAAGAUUGCGGCUCGGUACCGGGGCUGGCGGACCAAGGACAAGGUCAUGUGGAUGGUCGUGCUCACGUGGAUCAUCCCGGCGCUGUUGUUCUUCACCAGCAUAUUCGGCUGGGAACACUUUGUCGGCUACCGCGACCUGUUGCCGGGCCAGUGCGCCGUACAGUUCCUCAAGGAUCCCGUGUUCAACACGGCGCUGAUCAUCGGCUACUUUUGGACCACGCUCAUCGUGCUGUUCGUGCUGUAUGGCGGCAUUUACAAGGUGGCGUACGAGAUGCAAAAGAAGAGUGAGGCGAAACAGCGCAAGAUGCAGUCGAUGGUGGCGCUGAGCGCGGGCACCGUAUCUGGUAUGGCCGGUCACGCGGCCGGCAUCGGCAUGUCCAAGACUCAGAGCACUCUGCUCGUGCACGACAAGCCACAGCAACAACAGCAACAGCAGCAUCAGCAACAGCAACAGCAACAGCAGCAGCAGCAACAGCUACAGCAACAGUAUCAAAACCAACAACAGCAGCAGUUACAACGACAGCUGGCGGCCGGCGGGAACAGGUCGUCCGGUUUCGACGAGAAUGCAGCGGAGGCGGCGGCCUGCCGGAACACGGGCCCGGACGAUCGAAAUGCUACAGCAGUGGUGGUGGUGGACAAGGAGCGAUCGAGCAGCCCGGCAUUCGAGUCGGACGAGGAGAGCACGACGGGCGAGAAGCAGCAGCAGAUCAACUGGCCGCGCAAAAAGUCGGUGGCCGAACUGAUCGUACAGUCGGCGCUCGUGCAGCGGUCCAAUAGCGGCAUACACCUGUCGCCAUCCGACAAUCUCAUACCGUACUCCAACACGUCCGGUAACAACAACAACAACAACGGUAGUCCGAUCGUCCGGUCGUUUUCCAACGUGGCCGUCGUCAAUUGCAGCGCACCGAUGGUACCGCGAAACCGGACGCCGCCCGACACGCCCUCGCCGCCUGACAGCCGGGUGGACGCGCUCGUCGGCAUGGACACGGGUGAGCUACACUUCAUGGACGACAGUUCUAUCGUCAUCGGGUCGCCGACGUUCGAGAGCCCGACCAACAGCACCAGUUCAAUGAACGAAACAAUGUCUUCGGCCCAGUGUUCUCCGGCCCACGGUGCCGCGGCCUCGUCGUCGCUGCUGCAGGCGGCGCUCAUCCGGGCGGCAGCGGCCCAACAGAUGAGCCAGUCGCACGGCCCCGCCAUCGCCAAGGUCAACACGGCCGUCGUGGUGGACGGCCGCAAUCGCAGUUCCGCGUCGGUCAAGUGCACCACGACCGUAGUGGUAACGAGGCGCGGCCGCGGUGCUGCAGGUAACGACGACGACGACGACGACGAUGACGGUGACGAUAACGGCGACGACGGCUACGCGGCCGCCACCGGUACCGGCGAAAAGUCCUCGUCAGAGACUACCAAGAGCGGCGGCGGUGGUGGCGGGGGCGGUGGCGGAGGCAGUGGGGACAAGCGCGAGGGCAGUUCUCGCGGCGACUUCGUCCGGACCAUCGGCAAGCGCCUGAAGGUGAAACGGCCCAAAGUAUCCGGCCGCCAAAAGUCCAAGUCGGAAAACAGGGCCCGGAAGGCGUUCCGCACCAUAUCGUUCAUACUGGGCGCGUUCGUGGCCUGCUGGACCCCGUACCACAUACUGGCGCUCAUCGAGGGCUUCUGCUCCAACCCGCCGUGCACCAACGAGCGGCUGUUCUUGUUCGCGUACUUCUUGUGCUAUGCCAACAGCCCAAUAAAUCCGUUCUGCUACGCGCUGGCCAACCACCAGUUCAAGAAGACGCUCACCAGGCUGAUGAAGGGCGACUUUCAUAUAUCAUAG